AUGAUUACUAGAUUAGAAAUAUUACCAAAUGAAAUAUUGAUUUGUAUAUUAUCUCAUUUAUUUUGGGAUGAAAUGUUAAUAAGUUUUUGGUCAUUAAAUAAACGACUUGAUUUUCUUAUUUGUUCAACAUUAGAAACUAAUAAUAAUUCCAUUAUUAUUAAUAGACCAGGUUUAUCGUAUGAUAAAUUUUCAAGAAUAUUAUUUCCAUUAUUUUCAAAAUCAUCAUCUCUCAUAUCUUCUAUUCGACGUAUUCAUUUAGAUGGACGAUAUUCCAAUUCUUGUGAUUUUCUUAAUAAUAACAAAUAUAUUCUUUGUUUUCCUAAUCUUAAAUCACUUAAUUUGACUCGAUAUUAUAUAUCAGAAGUUUCAAUUCAAAAUUUAUCAUCACUAAUAGAACAUCAAUUGAAAGAACUUACAUUAACCUUAGAUGAAGAUAUUUUUGCACAAUCUCACCUUGAAGAACACUCGCCUAACAAUAUAUAUAGUCAAGGUACAUUCAUUACUCUUUUUAUAGACUUUCUCAGCAAUUAA